AUGUUAUGUAAGGAGGGAUUCUUGACCAGUCACGAGACCGGAAUGACCCAGCGACUGCAAUGCUUGAUUUGUUUGGAUGCCCUUCCCUUAAGUGAAAGUGCUGCCUUACGUUGUGGCCAUAUAUUCCAUCUACACUGUAUCUUACAAUGGCUUGAGAGCUGCAAAACAUGUCCAGUUUGUCGAAAGAAGGCUACAACAAAGGAUCUCAUUCGACAGCUCUUUUUUCAAAUGGAAGAAAAUAAAAGCUUCAAUUCCGAUAGCACUGAUCCACUUGAAAUGCAUAAUCAACUUCAGAAUGCCCUGGAUAAUCUCGAGAAGGAGAGGCUGGCUACCGCUGAAGCCAAGAAUGAAGCAAAUGCUUAUUUGGCUGCAAAUCUUUUAUUGAAGGAAAAAGUUGCAAAUUUGGAAUCGGUUUCUCGACUUAAUGUACAACAAAUCAAACAUCUGGAAGGUAUGCUUGAAAAACAACUGGAUACGGAAAAAGAGCUGCAGAAGUACAAGAAACGAUUGCAAGCUUCUGCAUUCUAUAGAUUGCUUAGUAGUAUAAAAGAUGAACCUGUUUUGGAAAUCGAUAAAUACAUCGCCAAUGAAGGAUUAGAAAUGAAGAAAUUCAUUGCCCUGCUGAGGAGACAGUUGAAAGAUGUCAUGAAAACAAUAGAAAGUCAAAAAGAAGAACUUCAAGAGAGCCGGAAAAAAAUCAGUGAAUUACAGAAAAAACUAAAUGAACAUAAAGAUCUCAAUAUAGCAUUGGAAAAAGAAGUUGCUUUAGCUCGAGCGGAUUCUUCACAGACAAUUAUGAAUGGAACGGUUGAAAAAGUUACUGCUUUUAGUCCAAAGCAACAUUCGUUUUCACCAGUUGACGUAGAUGACUGCAAAAUAUUCUCAGCUUCACUUACAGCUUCGGCAUGCAAAACUUCUGGAAAUAGUGCUCUGGUGCAAAAGAUACAAGGGACGACGCCAAUUCGAAACAAUUUGGAAAUUUCCGUCUUCAGAGAUGAAGCAGAAAGUUUAAUGGGAAAGAUCUGGAAGAACGAGUUACAAGCAGAUAUUGAAAACGAUAUGGAAGAAGUUUUUGUGCCUCCUGUUAUUCGAAAGUGUGCUACUACAACACAAUUUCAUAGUACUUCACGUAAAACUGUUGCUGUAAAGCAUAAUCAAGUGAUCAGAAAUAGAGAAUCGCUGAAGAAGAGAAGUUCUUAUGUUCAGCACUGUAAAAAAAGAGAACCUCGAUGUUCACGGUACUGUAUUUGA